AUGGCUCAUUCCACUGCAAGUAGCGUUCGUGUACCCAAUACUGUGGAGGAAACGUUCCCGCUUACCCAAAGACUAUCCGCGUCUGCCAAUCGACCACGCAUAAGUACAGCAAGCAGCAAACCUCAAAAGAAGUCCUUCAAUUGGCUGGCUAAGUUCAAAAGAGCUACAACUCUAAUGAUGCGACCGAAAAGACCGAUGGCCAAAGCCCCCACCGCGUGGAGAAGUAUUCAGGCGAUUAUUUUUGCUUCAUGGCUAAACGUCUUGUUGGUCUUUAUCCCGAUAUCUUGGGCCAUGAACUUUGCUCUACCCGAUCAGCACACUCUUAUAUUUGUUUUUGCAUUUCUGGCUAUCAUCCCACUGGCCAAGCUUCUCGCCUUCGCGACUGAUGAACUGUCACUACGAGUCGGUCAAACUCUAGCUGGUCUUCUCAAUGCUACAUUAGGAAAUGCCGUUGAACUCAUCGUAUCAAUCAUCGCGCUCGCAAAGUGUCAGCUUACAAUCGUCCAGUCGUCCUUGGUGGGUUCUAUCCUGAGCAAUCUCUUACUGGUACUGGGCAUGUGUUUCUUUGCCGGUGGUCUCCGCUUCUCAGAACAGGGAUUUGGUCAAAGUGCUGUGCAACUUAAUUCGUCACUGCUCACCAUCAGCGUGAUUGCCGUUUUGUUACCUGGGGCUUUUCACAUGGCUCUUCAGGGCCAACCACAAUACGACGAAUUGUCGACCGAUUACAACAUAUUGAAAACUAGCCAUGGUGUUGCAAUUAUUCUCCUUUUCAUCUACGCCUCAUAUCUGGUGUUCCAGUUAUUUUCCCACAAAGCCCUCUACGAUGAUGACAAUGAAGAUAUGCAACCAACCAAGGAGUAUACGGGUCAGAAUCCAUUUCGGUUGCACAGGACACACAGGAAUAUCACGGACGGUGAAAGAGUGUCUUCCCCGAGUUCGGCACAUGAUGGAGAGGCAGCUAUAGCGUUGUCCCGCCCCGCGGAUGCCAACCCCGAUGUGGAACCUGGGACCCAUUCUAUAGCAUCAGCGGAGACGGAGACUGAGGCUCCUGAGCAACCACUGAUGAACCUCGCCGUGUGCCUUUGGCUUUUGGUUGUCGUAACUGUGUUGGUUGCUGUUACUGCAGAGUUUCUCGUUGACUCAAUUGAUGGCUUGACUUCAUCUGGGUCGAUCAACAAGGAGUUCGUUGGUGUUAUUUUGCUCCCAAUCGUUGGUAAUGCAGCGGAGCAUGUCACUGCAGUUACUGUGUCUGUCAAGGAUAAACUGACUUUAAGUUUGGGCGUGGCUGUGGGUUCGAGUAUUCAAAUUGCGCUCUUUGUGAUUCCGUUCAUCGUGACACUUGGCUGGAUUAUGGGUAAGCCUUUGACCCUUCUCUUUGACCCACUGGAAUCCAUCGUAUUGUUUCUCUCUGUCCUCACUGUCAAUUACGUCGUGCAGGACGGUAAGUCAAAUUGGUUGGAAGGGAUGAUCCUCAUGUGCUUGUACAUGAUUUUGAUCGUAACGUUUUGGUAUUAUCCUGGUAAGUCCCUCGUCAAUGUAACUGAAGACUAUCCCACAUAUUAA